AUGGAAAACACGUCAAAAACAAAUAAAAAGGAUAUUCAAGAUGGACCGCCAAAAGAGGUCAAAUUGCCUAUCAGUGAAGCACUUCUCGACUAUCACUGUCAAAUAAAGGAAAAUGCAGUAGAACGAUACAUGGCUCAAAUAAAGAAAAUGAGAGAAAAGAACCAAAAGUAUCAAGAAAGAAAUAAACGCUUAAAGGAUGAACAGAUUUGGCACAUAAGGAACCUACUAAAGGAACUGAGUGAGGAGAAGUCAAAGGGAUUAGCAGUUGUAACAAGAGAGGAAGUUGAAGAAGCAAUGAAGGAAAAAUGGAAGUUUGAAAGAGACCAGGAACAAAACUUGAAAGAUAUGCGCAUCCAAAUAAAUAAUGCUGAGAAACUGUUUCUUGAGAAACUCAGUGAGAAAGAAUAUUGGGAGGAGUACAAGAAUGUAGGGAGUGAACAACAUGCUAAACUCAUUACCUCCUUACAGAAUGACAUCAACAGAGUUAAAGAGAAUGCUGAGAAAAUGUCAGAACAGUAUAAAAUCACCCUGGAAGAUGACAAAAAGAGAAUAAUCAGAGAAACUUUGUUGCAACUGAACCAAAAGAAGGAAUGGGCCACAGAGAAUGCUAUAAGGUUCAUUGACAAGGGCAGCUAUCGAGAGAUCUGGGAGAAUGACUGGCUCAAAAAAGAGAUUGCAAAUCACAGGAAGGAAGUGGAAGAACUGGAACAUGCUAUUCAUGAGCUGGAAGGAGAAAAUUUGGUGCUUAUUGAUCAGCUGUUCAACUGCAGACUUGUGGAUCUCAAAAUACCCAGGCGACUAUAUCUUGCUCAAGCUGUUGGACAGGAAGUGGCACAGGAAGAAAUGCCUUUGGAGUUGCCAGAAACAUAUAUAGAAAAGUCACAAUUGCAACCUGCAGAAGUAAAAAGUAGAGACUUGUUGAGCUUAGCACUUGGGAGCAGUGCUUUACAUCUUAGUCAUGAGGAUAGCAGCAGAUACAGCCAGCAGCUGAAGAUAGAUGAAGAGAGUUCAAGCAUAGAGUUUGGAGCCUCUGAUAUGAAAUACUUACUGUAUGAGGAUGAGCGGGAUUUCAAGGAUUAUGUAAACUUGGGCCCCCUGGAAGUGAAGCUCAUGACUGUGGAGAGCAAGAAAAUGCCCAUCCAUUCCCAAGAGGAGACUCCAGUCAAAUUCUAUGAUGAUGUCAGGAGCCCGGAAAGCCACAUCACAUAUAAAAUGAUGAAGUCUUUUCUCUAA